GCCAUGCUAAGCUACCCUCAAUCACGCACGGGGUGGAGGUCAUGGGCGCGUCAGACACCAAGAUCGGGGAGCUGCGCCAGAUUGUCGCCGCCUCCUACAGCGUUACCUCGAAAGGGCGUUCCGCCCGCCUGGUGCUCCUCGCGGAGGACGCGGACCCAGGCGUAAAAACCAACGCGGUGCCCAUCCUGGCCCAGGCGCAGGCCUGGCACGAGACGGAGCACCAGCCGCGCCUCAUCGGGCACUUGCAGGCCGCUUGGAAGCGGUCGGUGCUCAAGGUGGCGCGCGCCGAGGUCCCCUGGCAGAUAGUCCGCGGGCCCGCGGGCGCCAUCAUCGCCGCCGCGCGGCGGCUGGGCUGGCAGACGCAAGCGGCGCACUCGAUCACCAUCGGCGCCGAAGUCAUCGAUUUGCGCCUCGUGGCGCUUCGAGAGCUCCGCUACCGCGCGAAGCAGUGCACCGAGCUGGCGCGGAGGGACGAGCACCGCCGCGCCGUCGGCGGCCGGUACAUCGCCCACCGCGGAGCGCGACCGUGGCCUGGGUCAGAGCAGCUCUGUGGCCGCGGCCUGGCGCGCGACUCCGCCGAGGAGGCAGGGCUGUGGCAGCUGCCGUCGUCCAGCGAGACCUUCGUUCAAGGCGGCUACGACGGCUUCGUCGCAGGCGCGCGGUGGGACCAGAGCAUCUACAAGAGCGAGCUCAUUGCGAUCUUGUGCGUUAUCCAGGUGGCGUGCCCGCCCGCGCGCGUCUGGUCCGACUGCCGGGCCAUCUUGGACGACUUCGAGCGCGGCCCAGCCUGGGCCGACCACCCGGCCACCCUCCACAGCGACUUGUGGCGGGAGUGCUGGGCCAAGAUCGAGGAUAAUGAAGGGGUAGGAACUAUGGGCAUCGGUUUCAGCGAAGUGAAAGCGCACGCCACUAGACUGCUGAGCGCCUAA